AUGGAGGGGAAAUCUGUAAAGUCAUUUGUGCGGGAGUGUUUCCCGCUAGAUGUGGUAAACCGUGUCAUUCCCCACGCCCACGUGAAUGACGUUUCUGUCUGGGCAACCCAGCCACGAUUUGGAGCUCUUGUGAAGAGCUACCUGGAGGAGUUUAGUCAAACAGGCGUCUCCUCGUCUCAUUGGCUCUCCAGCGUUCCGCAGUGUCUCCGCGGCAGUGUGGAGGACGUGAUUAACUACCUGGGCAUGCUUGUAGCGAUCGACUUUAGGCACUGGGGGGAGCGCCCCAGUGGUAGCGGUGGCGGCGAGGCGCUGGUGGGUUCCCGUGUCGACGGGCUCUGCGGCUUCUACGCGACGUUGCCACCGGAGCAGAGCGACCAGCAUGCGGAGAAAAGCUUUGGUGGGGGCCGCGUGUUGCGUGGUUCAACGGCGAUGACCCACCUACUACGGUGUGCUGUAGAGCAGCACUGCAUUGAAUGGUACCGUCCAUCGUUUAUGGUGCAGUUCGCCACAGUUGAUGAGGCAGUGGAGGCGUUGAAGUCUUGCUUCUUGGGACACGAGGAGGAUGGGAAAACGCCCAUGUGGAUGCCAGCCACACGGGAGCGGGUGGAGUUGCUGAUUUCGGUUUCACUCGCACAACUUGAGAGGGGUACAUCAUUCUACAAGAUUUGGUGCAGCUGCGAAGGUUACCUGUACCAUCCCACAGAACCAUACCUAGGGUUUAUUGAGCAGCUACUGCAGCUCCACCAUCGCUACCAUGACUUCCACCUCCUGAGAAAAGAGAGCGCUAAUGCGGAGAAGGAUUUGAUGACGGGGGGUGAUGUUCUCAAGUUUCCUGUGCUGAAACUGGCCCUACUCACUGCAUCUGCGGUGGAUAGCGCAAUCACUCACAUGCCCGAUGCCAUCGAAAAAAUAUCUCAACAUGACUCUAGAGCCCCCAAAUGCGGUGCUUUUCAUGACAAGGGUCAACUCACUGUCUGUUGCGAUUACCAGAUACCCAAGGCGCUUCGCCUUCUUGGUCUGAUUGAGUACGAUGCACACCUGGCACUUCUUGUUGAUAACGGGGUGUUGUUAGCGAAAGAUGGAGCAGAAGAGGCUUCUAUCCGUGUCGCCGCAUUAGUUGCAUCUGAGUUGCUGUUGGACUUCCUCUCCAGCUCAAAUUUCAAGACAUUGGGUGGUGACGCCGCAAAGAAGCCCAUUGUCUGGGAUGCUACCGCGCUUGACCACAUGCUCUGGUGGAUUGGAAGGUAUAACGUGGAUGCAUCCGUCAGGCACCACCUUUGCCGCACCAUCAUGUACUGA